CUGCUUGUACAUGUACAUUCCCAAGCAGCUUCACAUUAGAUUCUUACCUUGCACGUUGGCAUGGUCCAUCUGUUGCCCUCCUUUCUGGUUUAAGAUCGCCUACGCUGCAAGCUCCAGAGGAAUCCCACAUUCUGAAACUUUCUGCAGCUGUCACAGCAUAUCUAUUCUGGCAAACUUUGCUGAUGGCAGGGGACGUACAAAGUCUAUAUACUUUGUUGAAGGGCAUCCAUCAUCUGUAGCUAGCUGCAGCAGAUCAAUUGAUCACAAAAUGUCUCAUCUGAGCAUUCUCUCCUUCAAGUACAAUCUUGCCAAGCUCCGGUCCAAGGCCGGCCGGCCAGUGGGGCGGCCCCUGUCGGCCAGGGACCGGCAGUUCUCCGACCUGAGCACCUACAAGCCCGACGACGAGGAGAUGAAGAAGGUAUUCAACAUGAUCGCUAGCCACCCCCACCGCGGGAUCAACAAGAAGGACCUGCAGGUGCUCCUGGAGAGGCUCGGGAAGGCCGACGCCGCCGGCGAGGCGCGGCGGAUGAUGUGCGUCGCGGACCACAACAAGGACGGCUACAUGGACCUGGAGGAGUUCAUGGAGGUUCACAGCAACGGCGUGCAGCUGGGGGACAUCCGGCGGGCGUUCUUCGUGUUCGACAGGAACGCGGACGGCAGGAUCUGCGCCGAGGAGAUCAUGACGGUGCUGCGCAAGCUCGGGGAGAGCUGCAGCCUGGAGGAUUGCCGGAAGAUGGUGAGGGAGAUCGACAGGAACGGAGAUGGCUUCGUGGACAUGGACGAUUUCAUGGCCAUGAUGACUCGCCCACGGCGGAAGCCGUGAGCUAUGGAGCCGUGGAGCACUGAGGUUCCAUGUACUUCCUGAUGUAAAUAUGUAAUGUAUGCAAAUGAGAUCCAGAAUAAGAUGAUCGGAUUCAAACCGACACUAGUUUAGCUCAUCUUCUCCCUCUGCUGCUGUUUGUUUCCAUGGAUGACCAGAUGUUAAUUGGAUCGGUGAAAGAAUUCUUGUUGUUCAUAGUU